AUGGCCCAACCAGGACGAAGAACGCACCGCAAAUCCCGCAAUGGGUGCCACCAAUGCAAGGCACGCAAGAUCAAGUGCGACGAGUCGCAGCCGUCCUGCAGGAACUGUGUCCGACACGGCGUGGGCUGCUCAUUUGUCACGCAUCCUGGCCCAUCAUCAGCCCAUCUGCACGAGCAGCUGGCUUCCCCCCACAGCUCAGACACCGUGUCUCCACUGUCCAUCCAGCAUCUGCUCUCGCAUCCGGAACCGGCAGCGGUGGAUGAUCUAGCGGUCUCGGACUUGGAGAUGUUGCAUCACUACUCCACCUGCACGGCGUAUACGUUUUCGCGCAAUCCAACCCUGCAAACGAUGUGGAGGGUCAAAGUGCCCCAGAUUGGAUUCUCGUCGACGUACGCUCUGCGGGCGAUUCUGGCUAUUUCAGCACUGCAUUUGGCGUAUCUGCGCCCGGACAGAAAGCAUGUCUAUGUUGCCCAGGCCGAGAUGCAUCAUGAGGCGGCGUUGAGGAUGGUAACCCCGAAUAUCUCCAAACUAAUGGAAGAGGACGGCAAUGCUUUAUUUUUGUUCUCGAUCCUCACCUGCUUCAUCUCGUGUGCCAAACCACGCAAAUUGGAUGAUUUUCUGCUUAUGGAAGGUGGCCAAAUCGCAGGGUGGCUCGUCUCAUUUCGAGGGACUAAAACCAUCGUGGAUCAUGCUAAAGAUACGCUUUGGGCUGGGCCUUUGGCGCCGAUUUUCACCAUUCGCGGGCGUAGAUCUCGAAUACGAAGCACCCGAUCGAUAGAGGGGCGAAGGUUUAUGCAGGAUUUGGAGCAGCUCAUCAGAGAGGACGUGCGCGAUGAGAGAGAUCUGCAUGUAUACCUUCACACAAUCCAUGAGAUGAGCACAUGCUUUCCGGAUGACGAUGCACAAGACAUCCAGGUAUUCGAAACAGACGAUGUUUUUAGCUGGUUGUUGCAAGUAUCGCACGAGUACCUGGAUUUUCUGAAGGAGCAGCGACCGAUAGCACUGGUUAUUUUCGGUUACUUCUGUGUGUUGCUACGACAGCUGGAAUGGACUUGGUGGAUGCAAGGUUGGAGUACGCAUCUUCUAUCAAAGAUCUACGAAGUGCUUGACCAGGAACAUCGGUAUUGGCUGCAGUGGCCAUUAGAGCAGAUUGGGCUGGCUGUUGAGUAUUAA